AUGGUUAUGGCAACGGCUGUCCUCGACACCUACAAUCAUAAUGUCAAUCACCCUCAUAUCGCAUUAAAGAAACCCCUGCUUCAGGAACCUCUUGAGCAAUAUGGCGUGAUUACUCCAAAGCAACUCAUCGGCCAGGCACUCCACCAGCGCGUGGAGGCCAUUGACCAUGAGAUGUGUGAGCCUGGCGAUGAAGAUACUUUCUUCGUUGCUGACCUUGGAGAGGUCUACCGCCAGCAUCUUCGCUGGAAGAAGAAUCUCCCUCGGGUCCGGCCCUUCUAUGCCGUCAAGUGCAACCCCGAUCCUCAGAUCAUCAAGCUUCUUUCUGAGCUCGGAACCGGCUUCGAUUGUGCCUCCAAGACCGAGAUUGAGCAGGUCCUGUCCGCAGGACUUAGCCCCGACCGCAUCAUCUACGCCCAACCCUGCAAGACUAACUCGUAUGUCCGAUACGUCAAGUCUGUGGGCGUCAAACAGAUGACCUUUGACAAUGCCGAUGAGCUCUACAAGAUCGCAAAGCUGUACCCAGGAGCUGAGCUCUUCCUCCGCAUCAUGACCGACGACAGCGAGUCUCUUUGCCGCUUCAGUAUGAAGUUUGGCGCCGCCAUGGACACCACUGAGGGACUUCUUGCCCUGGCUAAGGACCUUGGUCUCAACGUUGUUGGCGUCAGCUUCCACGUUGGAUCUGGUGCUUCCGAUCCCCUCGCCUUCUACAAGGCCGUUCGCGACGCCCAUACCGUCUUCCAGCUGGCCCACGAGUUCGGCUUCAACAUGCGCACCCUCGAUGUUGGUGGUGGCUUCAGCGGCGAUACCUUCGAGACAAUGGCUGCCGUCCUCGGUGGCGCCCUCGACGAGUUCUUCCCGCCUCACAGCAACAUCGAGAUCAUUGCUGAGCCUGGCCGAUACUACGUUGCCACCGCCUUCACCAUCGCCUGCAACAUUAUCGCUCGCCGAACUGUUGAGGACCCCACUCUCGAUGGCAAGGGCUACAUGCUCUACGUCAACGACGGUGUUUACGGCAACUUCUCAAACAUCAUGUUUGACCACCAGCAGCCGAUCGCCAAGGUUCUCCGUGCCUCCGGCAAGACUCUCUUCGAGACCACCGCUGCCCAUCCCACUCCCGAGGGCGAGGGCUUCGAGUACUCCGUCUGGGGUCCUACCUGCGAUGGCAUCGAUCGCAUCACUGAGAGCACUCGCUUCGACUCCAUUCUCGAUGUUGGUGACUGGCUGUACUUUGAGGACAUGGGCGCCUACACAAAGUGCUCUGCCACUCAGUUCAACGGCUUCUCCAACGCCCACGACGUUAUCUACGUCUGCAGCGAGCCUGGUGCCAAGGCCCUUCUUGGUCUGUGA